CCUGUCAGAGUCUGCCUGGACACAACAAGUGCGUACGCUUUCCAAAAUAAUACACAAUAACACAAUAUAAACACGUUUCCGCAGAGAUGUCGAAGAAACAGAUUUACUACUCGGACAAAUACACCGAUGAGGAGUUCGAGUACAGGCACGUCCUGCUUCCAAAGCAGCUUGCCAGGCUGGUACCGACGUCACACCUGAUGUCCGAGGAUGAGUGGCGCAGCCUCGGGGUGCAGCAGAGCCAAGGAUGGGUACAUUACAUGAUCCACAAACCAGAACCCCAUGUGCUUCUCUUCAGACGGGCUCUCCCACGGAACUGAAGGCUUCCUUUUAAAACAGCAGGUUCUACAAUCUGAACUAAAACUUAUAUAUAGAGUACGUAUCUGAACAUGUGUGUCACCUGUUGUAUUAUUUAUAAACCCUAAAUAGUUGACCAAACUAGAAAUUUGAAAAUCGACCAGGAUGAUGAAGAAACUGGAAAAGUUGUAAAAUAACUUUACUUCUAUUCUUUGUGAGUUUUUUGUUUGUUUGUUUUGUUUGUUAAACUGUAUGUAACCAAGCAGUCUGCAUGGUGAACGACUGGCAAUCCUUUCAUUUGGCUGAGGUCUGUCAGUACUUCUGAACAGGUGUGUCCUCUAGUUGUUUAAAACACAGUUAGCAUGGUUGAACUGUGGCUUACUCUGGGGUUUGAUUCACUUGUUUCGUCAAUCCAUUGUAUUUAGAAAGCACUGUAUUUAUUGUUGGGUCGUUCCAUCCUAAUUCAUCGAGGAUGCCAAAGUGGUUGCAUAUCUUUAAAAAAAAAUUUGCCUAAUUGUUUGAACAUGAAGAGCAUUUCAAAAUUCAAACCAGACAGUUUUUGGUCUAAUUGAAACACUGGAAUUCAGAAGGAAGUCUGAAUGAUGUAUAAUAGAAGGCUCUGUCUGUGUUAAUCAUCCAUUGGUGAAGAAGGCUAGAAUGACUCCCUUGUCUUGUUUUUCUUAAGUAUGUUUUUAGGAAAUCUUAAAAAAAAAAUAGGGGGGAAGGAUCCAGGAUCAAAGAGUGUCAUUGCAAUGGUACACACGCAUGGAAUACAGUGACAGUAAAUGUUCAAUGCAAUUUAAUUAAAUUGAUCUGAUUGGAUUAUCAAAGAAAAUGUGUACAACACACAAUCUUACAUGUGCACUAAUGCACACUUGUAGGAAAAGAUUUUUAGAUGUGGUUUCCACACCCUCAGUUUUUUAAAUGUAACUUUUCCAAAAGUUUUUUCCCCUGUAAGACCUGGAUCCCCGAUUCUCCUGAGGUUUCAUGUGUUGUAUUCUGUGAAUACUGUGCGGGAUUCUUUUAAUUAGUCUCAUCUCCUGUGUUUCUCUUCUUCACUCUCCCACAAUUUGAAUUGUUUUCACUACUGUGUGCUUUUUCUUACGCUGUACAAUAGUUUCACAUUUGUUGUUGUUCUCCACGGUUCUGAUAUUUUCAAAUGGGUGGCUUUUCCACUGUAUUUGCAAUCUAAUUUCUAAACUGGAGUAUUUGCAUUGUGCUCUGCUGAAAGUUAGCUAAAAGGUGCUGAGUAUAUGGACAGGAAAGGUGCUUGAGUGCUAGCCUUUAGAUCAGUUUGAGCUCGAUGUGUACCCUGUUUGAAGUACAGAGUUGCAGAGAAUGAUUUCCGUGUGUGUGUAUAUAAUUUGCUUUUAAACACGUGUUUAACAUUUACUGUAAUACACUUGUGUUAUUGUAUAUGUAUUGUUCUUGGUGUAUAAAUGUGCACAUUGAGAUCUGAUGCGCUUCCAAGGCUCCAUGAACAAUAAAAUCGAUCUACACAA